CGCAAUCUGUAGACUGGUAGGGUUUGUGCUUUACGGGAGUAAGCUUUUUAUUAUGCGGUCUAUUUAAACACCAAGCCUUCAUUGUACACGUACGUUUUUUAAACCGCAUAGCGUGUAGCUGUUUGUUUGGCAACAGUAGCCUUUAAUCUCUUACGUUAUUACUGUCGUUUCAAUGGCAAAACGGCAAUUAAAGGCACAGUCGACUAUCGAUUAUUAUUGUCCAGCCAGCUAGGUUGGUCGUGCUGUAUUAAAGUGAAUCGCAAAGGCCAGAGGCGGACUGAGUGAUCAAGGUAGUAAGAAGAUGGGCUCGGGCUUUCGGAGUGAAGAGAUGUGUUUGGCGCAGCUGUUUCUGCAGUCCGGCUCGGCGUACGACUGCAUAAGUGAACUGGGAGAAAUGGGGCUGGUUGAAUUUCGAGAUCUGAACCCCACUGUCAGCUCAUUCCAGCGUCGCUUCGUCAGUGAGAUCAAGAGAUGUGAGGAGAUGGAGAGGAUUCUGGGGUAUCUCCUGAGGGAAAUCAGGAAGGCAAAUCUUGCAGUGCCAGAGGCUGAAGUCCCUCCUGUUGCUCCUGCACCCAAAAAUGUCUUAGAAAUCAUGGAGCAACUGCAGAGGCUGGAAGUGGAGCUCAGUGAGGUGGCCAAGAAUAAAGAGAAGCUGCAGCGGAACCUGCUGGAACUGACAGAGUACAUACACAUGCUGAGAAUCACACGCACGUUCAUGCACAGCCGCUCCAGGCAUGAAGCCCUGGGCCCUCAGUAUGAAGAGUUCCCAUCUCUGGAGACUGAAUCAGUGACAGGCUGCACCAGCAUGCAAAGACUGGGCGCUAAACUUGGAUUUAUCUCAGGCUUGAUUCAGCGGGUGAAGGUGGAGGCGUUUGAGCGCAUGCUCUGGCGUGUCUGUAAAGGUUACACCAUCCUCAGUUACGCAGAAGUGGAUGAGAGCCUGGCCGAUCUGGACACGGGGGAGAUCAGGAAGAAUGUAGUGUUCCUCAUCUCCUUUUGGGGUGACCAGAUUGGGCAGAAAGUUCAAAAAAUUUGUGACUGUUACCACUGUCAUCUCUACCCCCACCCUGAAACAGAUGAGGAAAGGGCCGAUGUGAUGGACAGCUUGAGGACACGUAUCCAAGACUUACAAAAUGUUUUGCACCGCACUGAGGAUUACUUGAAGCAGGUCUUACAUAAGGCGUCUGAGUCAGCGCAUUCAUGGGUGCUGCAAGUAAAGAAGAUGAAAGCCAUCUAUCACAUCCUUAACCUCUGCAGCUUUGACGUCACCAACAAGUGUCUCAUUGCUGAAGUGUGGUGUCCAGUCAGCGACCUGGCAAACCUAAGGAGGGCAUUGGAGGAAGGCUCAAGAAAAGGUGAUGCCACUGUCCCUUCUUUCGUGAACCGUAUCCCAAGCAGUGACACUCCACCAACACUUUUGAGGAGUAUCAAGUUUACCUCAGGAUUUCAGAGUUUAGUGGAGGCGUAUGGAGUGGGCGAUUACAGGGAGGCCAGCCCAGCUCCUUAUACCAUUAUCACGUUUCCCUUCCUGUUUGCGGUGAUGUUUGGAGAUCUUGGUCAUGGUUCAGUCAUGACGCUCUUUGCUUUGUGGAUGGUGUUGACUGAGAAGAACCACAAGCAAAGACAACCAGGAAAUGAGAUCUGGAUGACUUUUUUUGAUGGGCGUUACAUCAUACUGAUGAUGGGUUUAUUCUCCAUAUACACUGGACUUAUUUAUAAUGACUGUUUCUCCAAAUCCUUCAACAUCUUUGGCUCAGCCUGGAGCAUCAAGGCCAUGUUCACACAGCAGGAGUGGACGAAUGAAACUCUUCAAAUGAAUGAUUUACUCACCUUGGAUCCCAACGUUUCUGGUGUUUUCUCAGGACCUUAUCCACUGGGCAUUGAUCCAAUUUGGAACAUGGCUGUAAAUCGCCUGACCUUCCUCAACUCUUACAAGAUGAAGAUGUCUGUGAUCAUUGGAGUCAUCCACAUGAGCUUUGGGGUGGUGCUCAGUGUCUUCAACCACCUGCACUUUCGACAGAAGUUUAAGAUCUAUCUUCUCUUUCUUCCUGAGCUGCUCUUUCUACUUUGUCUCUUUGGAUACUUGGUCUUCAUGAUCUUUUACAAAUGGCUGGUGUUCUCAGCUCGAGACUCACAGCUGGCUCCGAGCAUUCUCAUCCACUUUAUCAACAUGUUCCUAAUGCAGGAAAAUGACACUACACCCCUUUACCCUGGCCAGUUGGGACUGCAGGUGUUUCUAGUGGUGGUGGCUCUGCUGUCUGUGCCAGUGCUGUUAUUUGGGAAACCUCUGUACCUCUACUGGCUGCAUCAUGGUGGGAAGAGACUGGGGGUCCACAGGGUGUGUCUGUGUUCUUGUGGCUACCAGCGAGUUCGGCGUGUGAGUGAGGAAGAUCUAUCACCAUCUGUAGUCCAUGAUGAAGAGGAGGGACUAAACGACUCAGGAGGGCCUCGGGAGGUUAAAGUUGAACUACCUCACAUUAAAUCACCAUUAAAACACAAAGACUUAUCUUUUAUGAAUGUCACUGAUAGCAUGUUUGUUCACUGGCAGUUUGAUUUUGGAGACGUCUUCCUGCAUCAAGCAAUUCACACCAUAGAGUACUGUUUAGGCUGCAUUUCCAACACAGCCUCCUACUUGCGUCUCUGGGCUCUGAGUCUUGCUCACGCCCAGCUGUCAGAGGUGCUGUGGGUGAUGGUGAUGCGUCUGGGUCUAAGGAUGAGCUCCAGACUGGGUGUGCUUUUCCUUGUGCCUGUGUUCAGUGUCUUUGCUCUGCUCACUAUCUCCAUUCUGCUAGUGAUGGAGGGUCUGUCUGCUUUCCUCCAUGCGCUACGUCUUCACUGGGUGGAAUUUCAGAACAAGUUCUACAGUGGAACUGGAGUUAAAUUUGCCCCCUUUGACUUCUCCCUGUUGCCCUCUGUCUUUGAGCAAGAUGGGUUACUCUGACUAAAACCCACAACACCUUGAACAGGACACUGUAGCUUAUCAUGGCAUAUUGACCUUUGGGCACUGGACAAUGACCCAGCAGUUGAAUAGGAACAAAACUUGCGCUGAAAAACAAUGUCACAGUCGGAUCAAUAUGCUAACCUGACAGGACCUGUUUGCCCCAGUCCAUAUCAGAUGUUUGAGGUGCAGGCUUUUCGGAUGUGGCUCCAUCAUUUGCUGUCAUUCGAAGAUGAACAAAGUUCUGUUUUAGAUUUAUCUUAAAAGAUAUGAUUUGUAUUUGGUAUUGCACCUUCAUAAGCAUUUGCUUUCAUAUCGAUUUUCAAAGUGCCAUAACUAUUUUUCAAUGUACAGUUUUGUAUGAUACACUAAAAUGUACUUUUGCUUGCUUUAGCUUGGUCUUAGAAAACAAAAUACUUUGCAGGUUAGCUAUGUUGUAGGUUAUGCUACAGUUUUAAAUAAUACCAAAUAACAAAUAUAAUUUCUAAUGUGACAUUAAAGCAUAAGUUACAGCAUUUAAAGUGUAUAUUUCCAAUGUAGCAUUUUUUUUGUUCAUUUUUUUUUUUUUUUAAUUUAUUCUGAAACAAUGCUUUAUUCAUAAAACCUUUUUCAAUAUGUGUUCUUGGUCUAUGAACUGACAAGUUUACACAGGAAAAGUGGUACAAAAUGGUGCAAAAUGUAAAAAAAAUAAAACCUUGUACUCAGA